CUGAGUCCUCUCUCCUCCCUCACCUGCUUGUUGUCUACUGACACCAUGGGUUGCUGUGGCUGUGGAGGUUGUGGUUGUGGCAGCUGUGGUGGCUGUGGCAGCUGUGGUGGCUGUGGCAGCUGUGGUAGCUGUGGUGGCUGUGGUGGCUGUGGUGGCUGUGGAAGCUGCUGUGGUAGCUGCUGUGGUGGCUGCUGUGGCUGUUGCUGCUGCAAACCCGUAGUCAUCUGCUGCCACCGCACCUGCUGUGGCUCCUGUGGCUGCGGCUCCUGUGGCUGUGGCUCCUGUGGCUGUGGCUCCUGUGGCUGUGGCUGUGGGAAGGGAUGCUGCCAGCACAAGUGCUGUUGUCAGCAAAAGUGCGGCUGCAAGAAGCAGUGCUGCUGCUAGGUGCUGCCAGCCUGGCCACUGCACAGGUGCUGUUGCCGCGGGGAGACUGUCUGCUGUCUGCAAAGCUGCAGGGUCAGAGGCUCCAAUGCAGGCAUGGGCUCUGCCCCGUCCACUCUGUCCUGCUGUGACAAAGGCAUCUGGACUCUGUGACGGCUUCUCCCCUGACCGGAUACACCAUGUUAACGUUUCCUGUUCUAAGGUGGUGACCUCCUCCUGCACGCUAUGCAAGGACCAGGAUGAAGGGCAACAUGAUUAUCAGGUUGGUAAGUUCAAGUGAUGGUUUCCACUGUGUUUUCUGCUUUAAAUCUUUUUUUGAUCUCUGUGUUAAUUCAUCCGUGUGAACUGCAUAGGAAAUGCCUCUUCUGUAACCAGAGUUUCUCUAGACAAUGCAUUAAAGUUUAUUAAUAAAAUUCUCAAAUAA